AUGUGUCAUGCAGGAGGCAAAUUGAGUUGUCAAACUUUUGAACUCGUGUUUCUCUUUAUGGAGUUUGAGCAUUCGUAUCGUCCUCGUGGUUUAGCAGUAGAAAAGUCAACAGAUUUUGGUGUCUCCUAUUCUCCUAUGGAAUACAUUGUUCUUGAUCCAUCUAAUGAUUGCAGUGACUUGUUUAACGUGUCAGAAAAGAGCAGUUUUGUAGGAAGUGAUGGACCUGGAACGGUGUUCUGCAGAUAUUUUCCUGGAGAUAAUUCAAGGACCUCUGAUGAUUUUCUAUCAGUUCAAUUUCUUACUGAUAUAUUUGGUAAGAGUCGUCCUGGUGUGUCAGUAACAGAAGGAAACCAAGCAUUACUGUCCUUUCUACAAGCCAAUUAUUUACGAAUCACUUUCAAGGGAUUUCAGCCAACAGCAGUCACCUCAAAUGCAGAUUUCUUUACUUUGGCUGAGAUUAAAGUAAAUGGUCGAUGUGUCUGUAAUGGUUAUAGCAGCACUUGCUCAAUAGGAAAUGAUGGGAGCUAUACUUGUGCUUGUCAGGGUAACACUUGUGGUUCUAAGUGUGAAGAAUGUUGUCCUUUGUUUAAUCAGCAACCAUACCAGCCAUGUUUGUCAUCUACACAGAUUUCUUGUGAAGAAUGCAAUUGUAAUGGCCACGCUAUGUCAUGUGCUUAUGACAAUGCAGUAGACGCUGCAAAUCGGAGUCUAAAUAUAAAUGAUGUAUUUUCAGGAGGUGGAGUAUGUGAUUGUUUGGAUAACACAGGUGGUGUGAACUGUGAUGAAUGUGAAGUGUUGCACUUUUUGCCAGAGGGUUUGCUGUUGUCAAAUGCUAGUCAGUGUGAACCAUGCAACUGCAGUGAUCAAGGGUCUCGCAAUGUCUCAAAUGUUGUUUAUCUGGAUUGUUUGAGAGAGGCCACAGUGGGCAUGUCUGUUGGUGAUUGCUACUGCAAAACAAACGUGGAAGGGUCAAAAUGUGAUGUUUGCGAAGAUGAACAUUAUAACUUGAGUGCAUCCAAUACAAAUGGAUGUCAACCAUGUGACUGUCAUCGUUCUGGUACUGUGGAUGGCAGCAAUCUGUGUAGCAAGGACAUGAAUGGUCAGUGUCCGUGUAAGAACUUUACAACUGGAAGACGGUGUGACGAAUGCAAAGACAAGUUUUUCAACCUUGAGAUGGAGAACACACUGGGUUGUACUCCAUGUGACUGCAAUGGUGGUGCAUCACUAAAGGAAGUUUGUAACAAAGUUGAUGGGAAAUGUGAGUGCAUUAGUAAUGUCACCGACAGACAGUGCACAAGACAGGGUGUUGAUUCUGGCUUCUAUUUUCGAGGCGUUUAUGCCAUUUUUACGGAAGGCGAAAGUCAAGCUCAAACUUGGAGAUUUUCAUCAUCAGAGUUUGAUGGAUUUUCAGGCAGAGGCUAUGCUGUUCUGAGCGUGGGAGACUCCUUGUCUCUUACCUUAGACAUUCCUAUUGAUACUGAGUAUGAUAUUUUGGUCAGGUAUUUAUCAUCUGUUGGUACUCCAACACUGACUGGACAAAUAGCGAGAGAUACUGAGAGUCAUUCGCUUUCUCUUGUAUCGACUAUGAACUUGUUUGGAAGGCUCGGUCGUGUCAAUAUCUCCAGUCAAGGAACAUACGAUGUUACUCUCAAUGUGAUAAAUCUUGUGGGAGAGAUUUUAAUUGACUCCGUUAUUGCUGUUCCUUUGAUAUUCUCUAACUCAUCUGUUCCAACAUCAUUAGGAUCUGAUUAUUCGCAGUUUCAGACAGACUGUCAAAUGUUGAGUAACUAUCUUACUUCAAGUUCAUUCUGUCAAGAUAGUGUGUUUACUCUGAGCACGGAAUUAUAUGGUGAAGUGUUUUCAUGUGAAUGUGACAUUACUGGUAGUGUUAAUGACAACUGCAACCAACACGGAGGACAAUGCAGCUGUCAACCGAAUGUUGUAGGAAGGAUGUGUAGACAUUGUGCUGCUGGUCACUAUAACCUGACUAAAACAGGUUGCAAGAGUUGUGAGUGUGCCAACUCAAGUGCACAUUGUAAUGAAACAACUGGGCAGUGUGUGUGUGCUCCUAACACUAGCGGCCGUCAAUGUGAUGCCUGCCAACAAGGAUUUUUCCGCUUUGAUGCAGUGGGUGGAUGUGUUGCCUGCAACUGUUCUGCAGCUGGUUCCAUGAACAGGAGCUGUCACCAGACAUCUGGCCAAUGCAGCUGUUUGCCUGGCGUUACCGGCUUGAAGUGUGCUGUUUGCGAAGAUGGAUUCUUUAAUUUGACUGAAGCUGUUGGUUGUCAAAUGUGUAUGUGUGAUUCUGAUGGUAGCGUGGAUAACAAUUGCAGUAAGACAACUGGCCAAUGCAGCUGCAGGCCAAACAAUUUAGGUAAUGACUGCAGCAUCUGUGCUGAACGCUACACCGGUCCUGGAUGUACCGUCUGUGCCACUGGCUUUACACGAAAUGGUGGAAAUGGUGAUUGUGUGCCAUGUCAGUGUAACGAUCACAGCAUGAUGUGUGAUCCUGUGUCUGGUCAAUGUACAAACUGCAUGAACAACACUGGCGGGGAUCAUUGUCAGUUAUGUGUUUCUGGCUUUUUUGGAGAUGCCACUGCUGGCACAUCAUCUGACUGUCAACCUUGUAACUGCUUCAUUACUGGUGCAACAAAUAAUACUUGUGCUAGUGAUGGUACAUGUAACUGUAAAAAUGGUGUCAGUGGUGAGAAGUGCAAUAUCUGUAGUUCUGGGUUCUUUGACUUAUCUGGAUCUGGAUGUAAAGUGUGUAGUUGUGAUCAAGUCGGAUCUCAGAAUUCGUCUUGUGAUAUGAUGACGGGACAAUGUUACUGCAAGUCUGGUGUAGUUGGUUUGAAAUGUGAGGAGUGUGAUGCAUUCUUUUUCAACUUUUCGUCAGUUGGAUGUACACCGUGUAGUGAUUUGUGCAUUAGUCAACUGCGCUCAGAGAUAUCAGAUGCUGAAGUGUUGAUCAGUUUGGUUACUGAAGGCUUCAUGAAUCAAACUGAUUCAUUGGAAGAAUUGGAGCAACUGUUGUUGGCACUGGUCAAUGAUAUUUCUACAAAGAAGGCUGAGGUAGCAGCACUGCUGACAACGUUGCAGGAUUUAGGAAAAGAUGUUAGACAGUUGGAGAUGAGGGUUGCAGAAUUGUUGAACAGAACGUGUGAUUUAUUGGAGAAGGCCCGAUUGUUGAAGACACGUGCAGAGACAGUUGACAAUGAAGCAGCUAAUCGAGUGGCUGUAGUCACAGUUAUACACAAUGAUGCAACUAGUGCAUUGAGCAUUGUUGAAGGCAUUGUUCAACGAAUUGAAAUGGUCCUUAUUAUUGUUCAACAGAGGCGAAUGGAAGCAGAGAACUUAGUCAACAUGACUCAGGCUACUCUUGCAAACUUUACUCAAGAUUUCAAUGUUGAAGAGACAAAUAUCAAUGAUAUAAAAGACAGAGCAGAUGCAGCGAGUGUUGUUGCCAAUUUCAUGCAUAUGAAUGCCACAGCAUUUACUUCUUUGUUGAACAACUUUAGAACUUCACUUUUUGUAUUGGAAGACUUUGAAACAAAUGUGGUUGAGAGUGCAGCUAAUGCUCUUGCGAUUGCUCAAAAUGCAAGACAAAUUUCCAGUGAAACUCAAAUGAUAUUGGAUGCAGUUGGCACUCUGGAACAGUCAAUUUCUACAGCUUUAGAUGUAGCUGAAACCACCAUAAACAAAACCGACAACAAGAAUUUGCAAACAGAUAGUUUACUUCAGAUGGUUAUCAAUACCUUUAUGUCUGCAAAUGUUACCCUGGCAGGAGCACAUGGCAUUGACUAUCGUUUAAGUAAACUUUAUGAUCAGUUCAGUGUAUUCUUUGCCAACUUGAAUGAAGUGGACAUGAGAGUCAAUCAGUCUGUUGGUCAUGCAUAUAGUCUGAUGAUGCUUGCUGCGGAUACAGAGAGGAUAUUUGCUCCAAGUAGGAGACGAGGAGCUUCAGCUGUUGAAGUUGUUAAUGAAUACCGGGAUGUUUCUCACAUUAUUAUUAGUGCAUUGGAAAGUGCUGAACGUGCAGUGCACAUUGUGAAUGAGACACUUACACACGUACGUAUUCUCACUGCACAAAACUUGGUUGUGCAAGUGGGGACUGCUAAGGCUAACAGUCAGGUGUUAUUAGCAAGGGCACAGACUGUUAACAAAACUGCACAUGAUCUCUAUUCUGUGAAAGAGAUGGCCGAGGACUAUGUUCAUAGUGCAAGUCAUUAUGUGGUGUUGGCGAGGGAGGCAAACGUUAAUGUGUCAACAGCCAUUGAUAAACUGCGCAAUGUUGCUCCAGCUUUAAAAGCUGUUGAGGAUAAUGCAGAGUGUGUACAGGGCAGUGUUGUGCAAUGUACAGGAAUUCAGAUGGCUAUUGAGAGUCGAUUGAGUGGCCAACAACAGAGGCUUUCUGAUGCUGAAGUUAUUGUUAAGGAGGCAAAUGAGACGUACAAUAAUGCUGUACACAUUUUGCACAAUGCCAGUGAAGAGUUUCAGCAUCGCCUUGAUGAAAUAGAUGCAGUAAUGUCAAGUCGCAAUGAAACAGUUAUACUUCGUAAUUCUGUCAAGAGUGAGAUAUCAAGGCUCAGGAGUAAGUUGGAGAGAGUUAGAUCUAUAGCCAGCAGAUGCCAGAGGAAACUGGUAUUUCAAGAGGACAGUGUGCCUGCACGCUACACAUUGCAAAAUGAAACAGAUGAUGGUAUAGAAGCAAGCUCACGAUUUACAAUGGCUUCUUUUUACUUAUUUCCUCAAAGUGCCAAUGGAAUAUUGGUGUACAUUGGAGAUCAUAUAAAUGCAUCGAUGUCGACUGUGCACUUCUUUGCUGUGGAGAUGGUAGAGAGCCACGUUUGGUUGAAAUUUAGCACUGGUAGUAGUGGUGUGGCUAUGAUGCACGAUGAGACAAUUAUGAGUGAUCAGUGGUAUCAUGUUUAUGCUACAAGACAUUAUUCUCAUGGUGCAUUGACAAUCACUGGACCUGAGGGUAAUUCUUCCACUGUGUAUGCGAGUGAACCAAAGGCUGGUGCAACAGGAAUGUUAUCUCUGUCAAUGGGAACUGCUCUGUUUGGAGGAUUGGACACAUCUGUAGUCAAGAGCAGCAAUCAGUUUGAAGAGAAGAGAGACAGAGAGAGAGACUUGAAGAAGUUACAGUUAGAAGUUGACGUGAGAGAAGCGGAUCGUAAGCACGAGUUGGAGAUGAGGAAAGUAGAAAGGAAAUCGGCCACAGAAGUGGAGAUAACCACAGAGCCAGAAGUUGGUAGCGGUAAGCAAUCAGGCAAGUUUCCUAAAUUACCACCUUUUCAGGGAAGUAUUGAUGCAAUAGAUAGCUACUUGCAACGUUUUGAGAGUUUUGCAAAGAGCAACGGUUGGCCCGAUCCCGAAUGGGCAACAGCUUGA